GUGUUGCAGAACUUUGGAAAAGCAGAGAAGACCACAGAUGAACCAUUUAAUGAAAUUGUGCUCAGAAUUGAGAAGCAGCAUGAUGCGGCUCACCAUCUACAGAAGGAGCUCAGGAUGUAUGCUAAUUGUUUACGAGAGAUGAGUGUGGCUAGCAAGAAUUUGACGACAGCUAUUGCAGAAACAUACGAACAAGAAUGGACCAGAGAGUCAGAAGUCAGGGCUCACUUACAGACCUAUGACUUAUUGUGGAAUGACUGCCUACAGACACUCCAAGACUCAGUUUCUGUUCCACUCAACAAUUACAUCACCUCCUUUCCUGCACUUAAGGCCAAAAUAGCCAAGCGAGGUCGCAAGAUGGUAGAUUAUGACAACUCUAGACAUAAUUUGGAAGUCCUGCAGGCAGCAAAGAAAAAAGAUGAAGUAAAAAUCCAGAAGGCUCAAGAGGAAAUGAAAGAAGCCAAGAAAAUUUAUGAUGAAUUGAACAAUGAACUACACACAGAGCUACCAGAUUUUAACAACAGCCGAGUGACGUUUUAUGCUGGCCUUCUGUCAAGUUUCUUCAGUGCUGAACAUGUGUUCCAUUCGGAAGUUAGCAAGCUUGAUGGAUCAUUGAAUGAGAUCUGCCAGGAACUGGGUAGAGACUUUGCCCAGUUUGUCUACCAGCCAAAGAGGCCACUGAGAAAAUCCACAGCAAAAUCUCUAGUUCAACCAGUAAGGCAGUCUCAGAUCUCUAGUUCAACCAGCAAGGCAGUCUCAGAUCUCUA